AUGACCAGAUAUCUGAGUGAUCAACAUGGAUACCAGAAAAAGGGGAAGUAGUGGUUCACAGGCAGAGAGUGGCAUACAUUUCCGGAUAAGGUACUCAAACGGAAAUUACAAGUCAAUUAAGAUGGUGAAACAAAGGGGAAUCAACAUUUCAUGUAUACAAGUAAGGUGAUAGAAUACAAACCCUCACGUCCCCAAACUGUCAUUCUGACUGAGACUUCUUCUCCACUCCCUUUGUGGGGUGCAAUUGAGCCAAUCGAGCACUUCAUGUAGCACUUUCUCCUUUUGUUUCUUCCCUGAACAGCUGUUUGUGAAGAAGUUCGUAAUGCCAGGAUUCUUUGACACUGGAUUGACAAUCUGGAUUGUGGAGCCCUAGAAUUCAUUAAGGGAAUCUUGGGUGGAGAAAAGAGUUGAAAUGGUUGGAACGAGAGGAUAUGGAGUGGGUAAUCGUCGUUGGGAGCGGGAGGAUCGGUCGAUGCCCCUAGAAGCCGGAGCCCGGAGGAGCUGCUCGCUGCGUGUGUGGUAGAUAACUUCGCCGGACACUGCACUGUUUUCAGAAUAAGACGAGCGGGAGAUGGAGGAGACGUUUUUGGGUUUGCUUUUCGUGUUUUUUUAUCGUUUUUAAUUUCUGGAGAAAAAUAAUUAAGCGAAAACUAAAUGGAAAAAUAAAACAUUGCCAAAAAAAUGGAAAAAAAAACCAAGGCAUCAUUCGUAAAAAAAAAAAAAACCAAGGCAUCCUGUUAGUUUGACGGUGGUAGGGUUCGCCCAGCUUGCUAGGUUAAUAUUUGGAUUUGGGUUAAAUGAAUUCAGUUAAUGCCACAUCAGCUCCACGUGGCCCAAUAAGAAUCAGCGUCUCCGGUGCCGCAGUUUUUACAGCGGCACCAUAGUAUUGGCCUUAAUAGUAUUGUACCCCUCUAUUAUGGUAAAUAAAUUAACAAACGUACUCCUCUAGUAAAUUUUGGCACAAACAAACCCUUCUAUUAUUUAUACGUAGCAAAUUUACUCUUUCAUCCAAUUAUACGUUAAUUGAUCGUUAAAUGAGUUGAUCCUAUUUAGAGUUGGGAGAGUUCCCGCAACAGCUAAACCACACCUUGGUAGCACUGAUACCAAAAACUAAGAGGCCAGAAACUCCACAAGAGGUUAGACCAAUAAGUCAAUGCAAGGUGUUAUACAAAAUCCUGUCGAAAGUAAUAGCUAACCACUUGAUGACCAUUCUAGACAUGGUGACUGGGGAGACAUAGAGUUCCUUUGUGCAAUGUAGAAGCAUCACAGACAAUGUUCUAGUGGCUUUUGAGUGUUUCAAUACCAUGAAACAGAAGAAAAAGAACAAAAGAGGUCUGAUGGCAGCAAAAUUGGAUAUCUCAAAGGCCUACGAUCGUUCAUAAUGACACUUUCUCGAGCAAAUGAUGCUGAAACUAGGUUUUGUUGAACAGUGGGUUAAGUUAGUGAUAAACUGUGUCACAACAGUUUCUUAUUCCCUAGUGGUGAAUGGGCACCAAACGGAAAGCUUCCAACCAGAGAGAGGUCUGAGACAAUGUGACCCCAUCUCACCAUAUCUCUUCCUGUUAUGUGCAGAGGGAUUGUCUGACCUAGUAAACAAGGCUACCAGAGAAGGAAAGAUUCAUGGAAUAAAGUGCUCGGUGAGGGGGCCUAAGAUCUCCAACCUACUCUUUGCAGAUGAUAGCAUCUUUUUCGAAAGAGCUACCUCUACUGAGUGCAGUAAGUUGUAGGAGAUUUUGAAAAUUUACGAAGAAGAAUCAGGACAGAUGGUGAAUCUAGCAAAAUCAGGGGUUAGUUUUAGACCUAACCUGAACUCAGACCAAAGACAACGCCUUGUAGAUAUUAUGGGAAUGAAGCAAGUAGUAUCUCACCAAAAGUACCUAGGGCUCCCUACGGUUGUUGGGAGACAGAAGAAAGAAGUCUUUGGGGGUACUAGUGGAUCGAGUGAGAAAAAUGAUAACACAUUAGAAGAGUCGGACACUUUCAGUGGCAGCUAAAGAGGUGUUGAUCAAGGCUGUGGCUCAGUCACAGGCCACCUACACAAUGUUAGUCUUUCAGGUCCUUGAUGGGGUACUUGACGAAUUGAGGAAAGCUAUUGCUAGUUUCUGGUGGGGAAAGAAGAAGGAAGAGAAGAGAAUACCAUGUAAGGCCUGGAAGAAACUCUGUAAGCCCACGAAAGAGGGAGGAUUAGGCUUUAGAGACCUCAAGACUUUCAAUUUGGCUUUACUCGGGAAAAAAGUUUGGAACCUACUACAAAGUCCAAACUUGCUUGUAGCAUGAGUCCUAAAAGCUAAAUACUAUACAAAUACAGACGUGCUACAUGCAAGGGUGGGGUAUAAUCCUACAUUCACGUGGAUAAGCUUAAUUGCAGCUCAGACUUUGGUGAAAGAGGGUCUAAGAUGGAUGAUUGGAGAUGGAAGAAUGGCUGAUAUUUGGCAGGACAGGUGGCUAGAAAAUACAUAGGAGGAUGGCUACAUAAUAACUACUCUAUAGUGUGCAAUAGGGGAAACAUCAACAGUGGCUGAACUCAUUGAUCGUGAUAUUACGGCAUGGAAGUCUAACGUCUUACAGUAGCAGUUCAACCUAGUGAACAGGGUCAGAAAUCAAGGGAGCCCAAUCCCUAGGCAACCAGCAUAGGAUGAACGAGUAUGGUGUUUUGAGAAGAAUGGAAUUUACUCUGUUAAAACAGCUUAUUGGUUUUGGUUCAAGAAGAAAACAGAACAGGAGACACAUUGGGAGGAAAUGGUACAAGAUCCUGAGGAUGAGCAGGUGACAGGAGUGGAGGUGUAUGACCCUAUGAACGGGAAGCGAUUAUGGAUACUAUCUAUCCCCUCAAAGGUAAGAGUUUUCCUUUGGAGGUUGGCACAAUAGAGAUCAGGAAGAAGGAUGCAAGCCCCAAUUGUCCCUUUUGAGAUUUGGAGGAAACCCAAAACCAUAUUUUCAGGGAGUAUGAAUGGACAACAACUCGAAUCUGGAGACCUACCUCCUUUAGGAAUUUAUGCGAACAAGAUAGAACCGUAACAUCUGGAAGAUGGUUGUGUGAAGUUAUGGAAAUGACAGAUGAUGACACUUUAGGGCAGUUUGGGGUUCUACUAUGAUUCAUCUGGUAUGAGAGAAACAACCACUUGUUCAACAAUCAUAACGCGAAGGAAUGGAAAAUUGCUAGGAAAGCGAUCGGUUACUGAGAGGAAUACCAAAAUUAAAACACACAAGAGAUGGUCCAGGCAGAGGAACGAAUUCGCACCUGGAAAAAAACAGCGGCGGGCUGGCUGAAGAUGAAUGUUGACCCGACGAUGCUGACCACGAGGGCACAGGGUAUGGAGUCGUUGUGCGAGAUGAUCUUGGCAACUUCAUGUGGGCGGCAGUCCGACGCAAACGUGCCCAAUGGUCAUCGGAAUUGGCUGAAAUCCGGGCGAUUCAGUUUGGUCUCUAACUGAUGGAAAUGAACGCCCUCCCGCAGGUCAUCGUGGAGACAGAUUGCCAGACGAUGUUCUUGUCACUAAAGAACCAGGUGAAAACAAGGACGAAAGCUAGGCUUUUGCUCACAAAGAUUGAAUUAGAAUCAAACCGGAUUGGGCCGACCUAGUAGAGUUUUGCAAGAAGAGAAUGCAAUCAGACAACUUAUUGGCCCAUACGCUGUGCCAUUGGGAUGCAGAGGAGAUUUGGGAUGGAAGGCCACCUAUCUUUUUAUAAUCUAUUUUGAAACAUGAUACUCUAGUUAAUUAAUAAAGUUUAUAGGUUUGA